AUGCCACCCAAAGCCCAAAAAGCUGCUGGCGCCAAAGGAAGAUCCGGAGAUGACUCCAAGGAAGAUCCUUUGCAAGCAGUCAUCAUCGCCGACACCUUUGAGACCAGAUUUAUCCCGUUCACCGUCGAAAGACCAAGAUGCUUACUCACCCUCGCCAACACUCCCUUGAUCGAGUACAGUCUGGAAUAUCUAGCCAGCGCGGGUGUCCAGAUUGUUUACAUCUAUGCCGGUGCUCACGUCGACCAGGUGGAAACGUACAUUGACGGCUCUCGUUGGAAAUCCUCCAAUUCUCCCUUCGAGAGCCUCACCUUGUUGAGAUGUGUGGCUAGCUCCGUCGGCGAUGUAAUGCGAGAUUUGGACCAGAAACAUCUGAUCGCCGGAGAUUUCAUUGUGGUCAGCGGCGACAUUGUCUCCAAUUUCCCAAUUGAAAGGGCCUUGAAGCAACACAAAACCCGGAGAGAAAAGGACAAAAAUGCCAUCAUGACUAUGAUUCUUAGGGAGGCUGGACCAGGCAUCCAUGAUCACAGUGGAGGGGUCGUACCCACCUUCGUCCUCGAUCCCACCAAGGAUCGAUGUUUACAUUACGAGGAAGCCUCUCCUGGCACCCGAUCCACCACUCAAAUCGACCCCGAGGUCUUGAAAUCACCAGAAAUAGACGUCAGGCAGGACCUCGUCGAUUGUCGCAUUGACAUAUGUACUCCCGAUGUGCUUAGCCUUUGGUCCGACAACUUCGACAACCAGGUACCCCGCAAGGACUUUCUGUUCGGCGUUUUGAAGGACUAUGAGUUGAAUGGCAAAUCCAUCCACACUUAUAUCGUCAACGACCACUAUGCAUCCCGGGCGGCAGACUUUUGGUCUUACAACUCUAUAUCCCAAGAUUUCAAGCAAGGCCUGAUCACCUCAUUAGCUGUCGAAAAUAAUGUUUUUGGCAGCACUCGAUACAGCCGCUCUCAAUACGGACAUGUCGUCGACCGGACGGUGAUGAUUGCAAGACCUACCAAGCUUAGCUCGGGAUCCAUCGUGGGUCCCGGCACCAGUAUUGGGGCUGGAUGUGGCAUCAGAAGCAGUGUGGUCGGUCACCGAUGCCAUAUCGGCAAAAACACGGAAAUCGACGGCGGUUAUAUCUGGGACGAUGUCACCGUGGGUAACAAUGUCAAAAUCUCCCGAGCCAUCAUCGGAAAUGAGGCCUGUAUAGGAGACGACUGCACGAUUGGAGAGGGUGCCUUGAUCUCUUACGGAGUAAAAAUUGCCCCUGGUACUACGGUACCACCUGGAUCCCGGAUUUGCCAGGGCCAACGAAGCCCAGAUAGUGACCCCAAAAAUGAUGCCUUGGUUGGAGGUCAGACAGGAGAAAGUCAUGCUUAUGUCGAAGACGAAGAAGACCCCUUUGGUUCGAGAGUCUCCAGACUGGUAUACGAAAGACCAGAAUUCGCCGACUCGGCCUCGACCCUGGAAUCAGAUCUUUCUGAAGACGAAGUGUCUUCUUUGAACGGAUCAAGAAGUCAAAGUUUCGCAACGUCCACGUCUGAUGAGGAUACCACCGACCGAUUCCAACACGACACAGUGGCUAUUCUGGUGCAGCGAAUGCAGGAGGGCCAGCAAGCUGAUGAUAUGCUGAGCGAACUUAUGGGCCUCAGAUUUAGUGGAGGGGCUGACGAGACGCAAGUGCGCAAGGCCGUCGCCGUGGCAAUUAUGAAGCAUAUCCACGGCGAAAUCGACGCUGGACUAUCGGCAGCUGAUGCCACGAGACGAGUUCUUACUGGAUACAAUACACUCAUCCGAAGAAAAGGGGGCCCCCAAACCACGGAGGAGCAAGUCUUAUUCCUCCUGGAUGCUCAAAAGGACCUGACACGGCGGAAAGAAGGCGGCAAAACUCUCUUAUUUGUGGUCAAAGACCUCUACGAUCUUGAGGUGUUUGGGGAGGAAGCAUUCACUGAUUGGUGGGCUGAUGAGAGAUCGCAGAGUGAUCCUGAAAUGGCUGCAGUAAAGCAGCAGAGUUCACAAUUCAUCGAGUGGCUGGAGAAUGCAGAGAGCGAGAGUGAAAGUGAGGAAGGUGACGACUGA